ACCAACAUAGGCAUUUCCAAAGUUUUCACAGUACACUGGUUAGAUAUGACCACCACCACCUCCUCCAGUGGCAGCCAGCCGCCACAACCAUCGGCUGAACCCCAGCUGAUCCCGAAGCUCCCAGAUGACGUGUCCAUCGACUGCCUAGCAAAAGUCCCCAGCUCCCAUUACCGUGAUCUCUCUCUUGUCUCAAAAACAUGGCACUCCGCCAUAACCUCCUCUACACUCUUGACCGCCCGGUCCCGCCUCCGUACCACCCAAACCUUUCUUUACCUUAACCUCCGCAUCGACAACUCCGUCGACUGGUACACUCUCGUCCCUAAUUGCCAAAACCCACAAAAACUCAUUUUUCCCCUUCCCCGCAACCGGGUCCAGCCCGUAGGGCCCGCGUUGGCUGUCCUAGGCCCGAAAAUAUACGUAAUUGGGGGGGCUUUUGAUGGAAUUCCGUCAAAUUCGAUGUGGGUUUAUGAUUGUAGGUUCAAUAGGUGGGAGGAAGGCCCUAGAAUGAAGGUGGGCCGGGAGUUCGCCGGAGCCGGGGUUGUUGAUGGGAAGAUUUAUGUUCUAGGUGGUUGUGUUGUGGAUGGUACGGCUCAGUCUAUGGACUGGGCCGAGGUUUUUGACCCGGUUACCGGGUUGUGGACCACGGUGCCGAGCCCUGUUGAGGUGAGGUUGAAGCGGAUGCACGCGAGCGUGGUGAUGGAGGGGAGAGUUUAUGCAAUGGCGGGUAGAAGUGGGGAGGUGUAUGAUGUUGGGGUGGUCGGGAAGUGCGGAAACGUGUUAAUAAUUUGUCGGCGGCAGCCUGCGGUGGUUCAGGGAGUGUUGUAUUGUUGCAAUAUUUUUGGGAAGAUUGCAGGGUAUGAUGUGGAGGAAGGUGUUUGGAAGGAGUUGAAGGGUGUAGGGAAAGGGUUGCCUACGUUCGUCUAUGGCACAACGAUGGUGAAUUUCGAUGGGAGGUUGUGUGUUGUUUGGGAGAAAAAGGGAAGUGGGAAGGAGGUGGAGAUAAAGUGUGCGGAUAUUGAAGUUUGGAAGGAUGGGGAUGGAAUGUUGGCUGGAAGGAUUUUGUGGUCUGGUGUGAUUCUCAAAGUUCCUAAUGGAGCUGAGAUUGUGCAUUGUAUGGCAGCUGAGUUCUGAUCGUGAUGUUUGGUGCAGGGCAUGGCAAUUGUUCUUUGGUGGACAUGUUGUUUAUAAUAUUCAGGAUUCUCACUGCAAUCGAUUUUUCCAACUAUUCCGGUUGAGAAGUAGGUGAUAAAUUGCUCCUUAGCAGAAUGAUACUACUGCAGUUUCGUCUAGCUCAGAUUGUGUGACUAAGCUACAUUGGAUUAGCUAUCCAGCUGCUUCAGAUUCUCCAAAAUGCCGAGGUGUAUUGCGUAGUCCAAGUCACCACCACCUGUAGUCCAUUGGUUGAUAAUUUGCUGGCCAAGUUUGCUAUAGCCAAUCUGGAAAUUACCUGUAUUAUUCUCGACAAUAUCUACUUUCUCCAAUAUGUGUGUAUAGUAGGGUUUAUCUGCAGCUGGCAGUGUAAGUUCGACCGGUCCUGCUGCUUCUUCUUGUAUGUACCUUUCUUUCCCCUUUUGAUUCUAUAGUAAUUUACUGUGCUCACACAGACCAGUGGAUGUCAGAUAAGUUCAUGUGUUUAUUCGUGCAUUGUGCUAUAAAUUCUACUCCCUCAGUUAUUGGUUUCAGAAU